AUAUAUUAUAUACACUCUCUCCUCCAACCUUUCGAUUCCUUAAUCAUCUCUCUCUCUCUCUCUAAUCACCCCUCUGCCCAACUCUCUCUCUCCCUUUUUUUAUCAACUAACUUUCGGUUUUCUUCCGACCUGGUUUUCCUCUUUAUUCGAUCUCCUAUUUUAAUCCCAAUAAUCUGUUCUUUUACCAUAAACACAAAUUGAUUAAUCCCAUGCAUCAACCUCCUCUAUAUAUAUAUGAGAUCGAGCACAAUAUAUAUUAAUACCAUGAGAAACUCAAGAAAAGCCAAAAUGCUCACAGAAAACAACAACAGCAGCAGCAAUUCACAGCACCAAAAAUUCGGCAACAUGUUGCACCAAUCCGACCCUCCUCCGAACGACAUCGACAUGGAAGAACUCUCCUUCCGCUUCAGCAACGGAUCUGACACCCCGACAAACUCCAAUAAUUCUCCCCAAAACACCCCUUCAUGGGACCAACCAACGUCUCCAUUGACAAAAUCCCCGUGGUCCUCCUACGUCAAUCAGGAGGCCGACGAUGAAGCUAGUAAUUACUCGUACACGGGCCUAAUGGGCUCCCUCGUCCGUGAAGAAGGCCACAUAUAUUCGUUAGCCACCUCGGGCGAUUUGUUAUACACCGGGUCGGAUAGCAAGAACGUCCGGGUAUGGAAGAACCAGAAGGAAUUCUCUGGGUUCAAAUCCAACAGCGGGUUGGUCAAGGCCAUCGUGAUCUCCGGGGAGAGGAUUUUCACGGGCCACCAGGACGGGAAGAUUCGUUUGUGGAAGGCCUCGCGGAAAAACCCGAGCGUCCACAAACGGAUCGGGACCUUACCCACGUUGAAGGCCUGCAUAAAGAGCUCCAUCAACCCUAGCAAUUACGUCGAGGUGAGGCGGAACCGGAACGCCGUUUGGAUCAAGCACUUCGACGCCAUCUCGUGUUUGAAUCUGAGCGAGGACAAGACGCUCCUCUACUCCGCUUCUUGGGACAAGACGGUAAAAGUGUGGCGCGUGUCGGACUCAAAGUGCUUGGAGUCCGUCACGGUCCACGACGACGCCGUAAACGCCGUCGUCUCGGGAUUCGACGGGCUGGUCUUCACGGGGUCCGCGGACGGCAGCGUGAAAGUGUGGCGGAGAGAGAUGCAAGGGAAAGGAACGAAGCAUUUCUUCUCGCAAAUUCUGCUAAAACAAGACUGCGCGGUGACAGCGUUAGCGGUUAAUCCAACGGCCACGGUUCUCUACGGUGGAUCGUCCGACGGUCUAGUUAAUUUCUGGGAACGCGAGAAGUUGCUAUCGCAUGGCGGGGUUUUACGGGGUCAUAAGCUGGCGGUGUUGUGCUUGGCCACGGCGGGGAACAUGGUGUUCAGCGGGUCGGCGGACACGACGAUAUGCGUGUGGAGGAGGGAUCAGGCGGAGGGGGAACACACGUGCUUGUCGGUGCUGAGGGGGCACAGUGGGCCGGUGAAGUGCUUGGCUGUGGAGGCCGAGGAUAGGGAGGAAGUGGUGCGGGGGAGAGAGAGAGCGUGGAUUGCGUACAGUGGGAGUCUUGAUAAGUCGGUGAAGAUAUGGAGAGUGUCGGAGACGACGGAGGUGCAGGCGCAGCAGCGGCAGAAGGAAGGCGGUGGUUUUACGGUGGCGAAACCGGAGGUUUUAUCCGCGUCUCGUGGCAUUGCUUCGCAUGGGUAGAGCAGAAUGGGGGACGAGAAAUUGUAAAUACGAUGAGAUGCCACGGUUAGUGGAAUUGUCUAACGCUUUGUUUCGGACUUUUAGAAAUUAAUGGAAACAAUGAAAAGUAAUUAGGGUGUGUUCUAAGUAUUUGUU